UUGGUUGGUGCCCGCCGUCUGCAUCGCAGCCUGGGUUCUGCGGGCCGCUGCAGACGCCUACGUCCAGGGUGCACGAAGCUGCACCGCUGUGGCCUCCAGGGUGCCUCAGGAUCGCCCCCGAGCGCUUUUCAAAACAAGCAUCUUGCAGACCUAGUAACCCAGACUUCCCCGGGGUCCUAGGUCCCAGCGAUCAACCCCUAGCUGCGGCCCCAGACCCAUAAGUCCCGAUGGGUCCCCUGGAGGGCGCGGCGAGGCCAGGGCGCUUCUUCGGCGUCUACCUGCUGUACUGCCUGAAUCCCGGGCACCGGGGCCGCGUCUACGUGGGGUUCACCGUCAACCCUGCUCGUCGGGUCCAGCAGCACAACGGGGGCCGCAGAAAGGGCGGGGCCUGGCGGACCAGCGGGCGAGGGCCCUGGGAGAUGGUGCUCAUCGUGCAUGGCUUCCCGUCCGCCGUGGCCGCCCUUCGGUUCGAGUGGGCCUGGCAGCACCCGCACGCCUCGCGCCGCCUGGCGCAUGUUGGCCCGCGCCUGCGCAGCGAGGACGCCUUCGCCUUCCACCUACGCGUGCUGGCGCACAUGCUGCGCGCGCCGCCCUGGGCGCGUCUCCCGCUCACUCUGCGCUGGCUGCGGCCCGACUUCCGUCGCGACCUCUGCCCGCCGCCGCCGCCGCACGUGCCGCAGGCCUUCGGGCCCCCACCGCCCCGAACUUCGGCCCCAAGGUGCCGCGUCGGCACCAUUGCUGCCACCGAGCUGGAACCCAGCCGAGGCGCCGAGGCCCGCUGCGCCCUGUGUGCCCGCGUGCUGCAGGAUGAAGAGGGCCCCCUCUUUUGCCCCCACCCUGGCUGCCCCCUAAGGGCCCACGUGUUCUGCCUGGCAGAGGAGUUCCUUCUGGAAGAACCAGGGCAGCUUCUGCCCCUAGAAGGCCAAUGUCCUAGCUGUAAGAACUCACUGCUUUGGGGAGACUUGAUCUGGCUGUGCCAGAUGGGCACUGAGGAGGAGGAAGAAGACUCGGAAUUAGAAGAGGAACACUGGACAGACAUGCUGGAGACCUAAUCCUCAACGUCCCCAGCCCUUCCCCCACUCCUUUUCUGUCCCACCCCCAGUGGGUCUGGGCAGUUUUUACUUGAGUACAAUAAAAAGUCUGAGUUAA